AUGAACACAGGCGUUGUCCACAGCCGCUUUCUGUCCCAGGCCGAUGAGCUUGGCGUCGUCGCCGUAGGCUUCUCCGGUGGCCAGACCAAGGAGGGUGUCGAUGAUGGCCCAACUGUCCUUAUCGAGUCCGGUCUCCUGGAGCAGAUCAAGAACGAGCUCGGCUACAAGAUCUUCGGCGACCAGACCGUCCAGCAAUUCAAGGAGCUCAUCCCCGCCUCCGACCCCGACUUCCGCGGCAUGAAGAAGGCUCGUCAUGCCUCGGCCGUCACCCGCUCUAUUGCCGAACAGACCUACGAGCAGUCCUCCAAGGGCCGAAUGGUCCUCACCCUCGGCGGUGACCACAGCAUUGCCAUUGGCACCAUUGCCGGUACUGCCAAGGCUACCCGUGAGCGCCUCAACCGUGAGAUUGCCGUUAUCUGGGUCGAUGCUCACACCGACAUCAACACCCCCGAGAGCAGCGACAGCGGUAACAUUCACGGCAUGCCUGUGGCCUUCCUGACUGGCCUGGCCACGGAGGAGAACGAGGAGUACUUUGGCUGGGUCAAGGAGGACAUGCGCAUCAGCGUCAAGAAGAUUGUCUACAUUGGUCUGCGAUCCGUCGACCUUCCCGAGCGCCAGAUCCUCCGGGAGAACGGCAUCAAGGCCUUUAGCAUGUUUGACAUUGACCGCCACGGUAUCGGUCGCGUCAUGGAGAUGGCCCUCGCCCACAUUGGAAGCGACACCCCCAUCCACCUGUCCUUCGAUGUCGACGCCCUCGACCCCAUGUGGGCUCCCAGCACCGGCACUCCCGUCCGUGGCGGCCUGACCCUGCGCGAGGGUGACUACAUCUGCGAGAGCGUGCACCAGACCGGCAACCUAGUGGCCGUCGACCUCGUCGAGGUGAACCCCAAGCUGGCCAGCGAAGAGGCCGAGCAGACGAUCCGCGCGGGCUGCUCGCUGGUGCGGUGCGCCCUCGGUGAGACGUUGCUGUAA